AGGCACAAUGAAUCUUGCAUGUGGAGCCUCCCUUCAAGGCAUGUCUGCAGAGCAGAUUUCCAAAAGCAUCAAAACCACUAGAAAUGUGGUGAUUGAAAUAUCCAACAAUACAACUAGGUUCCUGACUAACCCAAAGUACCACUGUCACAGCGGGUAUAACAACACCCCUCUUCAACCUACAAUCGAGCCAAGAUGUAGAGAGGCCUGCUCCUUCAGCAAAAUGGGCAACACGGCUUGUGGAAGUGUAGGAGUGAUGACGUAUGACAUCUCUGCAUCACCAAGACAAAGCGGCCAUAUGAAACUGGCUAUCAUGUUCAGUGUGCCUUAUGAUUAUACUUUGUACGAGAAUUGGUUUGCAGUGGGCUUUUAUGACCUCAGUAAGGGGUGUGAUCACCAAUUGUAUCACGAAAUGUACCAUCAGGUCAAACCAGAGUUUAAAAGAGCCAAAGCUACCCAGGGCACUCUGAGUCAUCAUGCCAAUGGCUUUGAUAUCAAAGCAGCAAUGUCUAAUGCCAGUCAAUCAAUAAUGCAAGUGGAAUUGUGGGAAAGCAAUGUCAAUUAUUCUUCAGGGUUUCCAUGAAAAGCAUGGCAGUCUUACAUUCUUUGGGAAUUGGCUUCCAUUUUGUUUUAACAGAAGCUUCAAGUUGACCCUUCAUUCUACUGAUGUGCUUUUAAAAAAUAAAACAGAUUUAGGUAAUGAAAUUCUGUAAU